AUGGCUUCCACGACACCCUACGGCUCAAUCUCAGCACCCCAAGAAGAACACGAUACCUCCACAGCCAUCAAUUCAUCUUCAUCCUCUUCAACAGUUCGAUUCGGCACUCCUGAAGCCCUCGAACACGUUCAAAAACUCACCGAUGAUCUUGAACUGGACACCAUUCUUUCCCAACGCUCCGAUCUCGACAAACAACUCUCCAACCUCCACAAAUCCACCGAGCACCUUGAGAUCGUCAAGGCCGAUUCUGACCACAUGCUCUCCAACGUCAGCGGCAAAGUCCGCCAACUUGAUCUUGCUCAGUCCCGCGUCAAUGACACUCUUCUCCGCACUGACGCCAUCAUAAAGAGAGGUAAUUGCAUUGAUGGCGUUAUGAAAGCUCUCCAAACUGAAGAUUUUGAAUCAGCUCAUCAGCUAGAAGGAAUUUUCAGGAAGAGGUUAUCGACUGUUGUGGAUCAACGGGACCACCUAGCGAUCCUUCGGUUCAUUAGAGUAUACUCUCCUCUCGGUUUGGAGAAUCAAUCUAGCAACAGCAAUCCUCUGCCGCUGCUACUAAAUCAAAAUCAAGUGAACUUUGUUGCUUGUUUGAAGAAUUUGUUCAAAGACAUUGUGUUAGCCAUAGAAGAAAAUAAUGAGAUUUUGAGGAGUAAUCUAUAUGGUGAAGCUGGAAUUGUGUAUGCCAUAUGUGAGCUCCAAGAUGAGUGUGAUUCUCGGGGUUCCUUAAUUUUAAAGAAAUACAUGGAAUAUCAAAAAUUGGUUAAGUUGACAUUCGAAAUUAAUACUUCCAAGGGUAACUUACUUUCUGUUGGAGUCCAAGGACCUGAACCAAGGGAUAUCGAAUUGUAUUUGGAAGAGAUUUUGCAAUUGAAACAGUUGGGUAAGGACUACACUAAUUAUAUAGUGUCCAAGAUAAGAGGUUUGAGUUCAGUUGAUCCAGAAAUGCUUCCCCGAGCAACCAGAGCUUUUAGGAGCAAAAAUUUCAGUAAAGUUGUUCAGGACAUUACUGGUUAUUAUGUGAUUUUAGAGGGCUUCUUUAUGGUGGAAAAUGUGAGGAACGCUAAUAGCAAUGAUGAGCAUGUACUUGACAGCCUCACAACGUCCAUGGUGGACAACGUGUUCUAUGUUCUGCAGAGUUGA